AGACACGAUGGGCUUCCACCAAACACUAAACUGGAAAGUUUAUCGAAGGACGCGGGACAAGAAAUGCAGCAGAUACUCAUCUUCAACUCACUGGAAGAAGGCCCAGCAGGCUGCCCAGACUAGCGAACAAUACAGUCAGGAUGGCUAAAGGUGAUCCCAAGAAACCAAAGGGCAAGAUGUCUGCUUAUGCCUUCUUUGUGCAGACAUGCAGAGAAGAACGUAAGAAAAACCCAGAGGUCCCUGUCAAUUUUGCAGAAUUUUCCAAGAAGUGCUCUGAGAGGUCGAAGACAAUGUCUGGGAAAGAGAAGUCUAAAUUUGAUGAAAUGACAAAGGCAGACAAAGUGCGCUAUGAUCAGGAAAUGAAGGAUUAUGGACCAGCUAAGGGAGGCAAGAAGAACAACCCUAAUGCCCCCAAAAGGCCACCAUCUGGAUUCUUCCUGUUCUGUUCAGAAUUCCACCCCAGGAUCAAAUCUACAAACCCUGGUAUCUCCAUUGGAGACGUGGCAAAGAAGCUGGGCAAGUUGUGGAGUAACUUAAGUGACAGUGAAAAGCAGCCUUACAACAACAAGGCAGCGAAGCUGAAGGAGAAGUAUGAGAAGGAUGUCGCUGACUAUAAGUCUAAAGGAAAGUUUGAUGGUGCAAAGGGUCCUGCAAAAGUUGCCCAGAAAAAGGUGGAAGAGGAAGAUGAAGAUGAGGAGGAAGAAGAGGAGGAGGAGGAUGAAUAAAAAAAAAAAAACUGUUUAUCUGCCUCCUUGUGAAUACCUUAGAGUAGGGAGUGCCGUCAUUGACACCUCUCUUAUUUGAGGCGUGUCUGUUGCCCUCGUUAGGUUUAAUUACACAAUUGGGUCAUGGUCAUAUUGUAGUCUCUUCAGAGUGCUCUAGAAAUUGUCAGUGGUUUACAUGAAGCCGCCAUGGGGGUCUGGAGCACCCUGAAACUGUAUCAAAGUUGUACAUAUCUCCAAACAUUUUUAAAACGAAAAGGCUCUCGUGUUCUCCUCACUCUGUGCACUUUGCUGUUGGUGUGACAAGGCAUUUAAAGAUGUUUCUGGCAUUUUCUUUUUUGAAUUUGUAAGGUGGUGUUAACUCUAUGGUUAUUGGCUAGAAAUCCUGAGUUCUCAACUGUACAUAUCUAUAGUUUGUAAA